GUUAUACGCAAUGAUGAAUGUGAUGAAACAUGAAUAAAGUUAGAGUCAGGAAACCAAGCAGAUUUGUAGUUAUUCCUCGCUUGCGACUCUUCUAUCCGCAUCCGCGGAUAAUCAUGGGUGGCCUGUUUAGUGCCGAGAAGAAAUGGUCGGCAGGGGCGGCUUCGGGAAAAAUCCAUCCGGAGAACAUCACAGCAGGAGCCAAUAUUACCGAUGGGCCGAAACUGGCGUCAGGGUCGGGGGGUGGAAUUGGUACUGGAACGUUGAGUUUCGUUCCUUCGUUUUUCUACCACCGCAACCGGCCAACGAUUUAUGCAAUUCUCCCGCUGAUUUACCUCUCCGUCGCGGUGUGCCUGGAUCGCUUGUUCGCGUGGAAGGUGUUUCGCAAGGACAACUAUCCCCGGUUGACCAGGCUGAUCUCGCGAAAAAUUUCCCCCUCUUUUCCCUUCAGCUGGGUCUCCUUUUUCGCACACUACUUCAAUCCGUGGCAGAGCGUGGACGAAACCGUGGUGCUUGGGUGCAGCCCGAUGCUGUACGGUAGUCUUCCCUCCGUGUUAUUACUAGGAGGGGCGUUAAGUCUACGGAAUUCCGAGUCAGGCGAGGUUUUCUUCCUGAAAAAGCUCAUGGCGCAGGAGAAAAUUUCGGGUAUGAUAAACAUGCAGGACGAGUGGACGUUGCGGAAAGAGGUUGCGAAGCAAGUGGAUUUGGAUUUGGAACAAAAUAUCCUUCACCUUCCCACGUUCGACCACCACGAGCCGGCCUUGCCAGACCUCUACUCCGGCGUGAAGAUGCUGGUGGAGUAUACCGCAGAAAAAAAGCGCGUCUACGUGCACUGUAAGGGCGGGAAGGGGCGCAGCGGAGCUGUGGUGUUCUGCUACCUUGUGUGGAAGCAGCGAAGAGCCCUGGCCGCCAUGCCGGAGCCUGCGCGAACGGCGGAGCUGCAGAAAAUGAAUGUGGAGUUGGGUAGGAAGAAAAAAGUCCGUUCCGGGCUUUGGAGACAGAGAAACGUACAGGCUUUCACGAAGUGGGCAUGUAGCAACACGACUAGUAGCGCUAAAUUUUCAUCACUCCCAGAUAUGCCACAACAAUGGAUAACGAUGUCGAUGUGAAGAUUUUUGUGAAAAUAUUGAUAUGACGCUAACUACCCUAACGCAUCAUGAAGGAAGACGAAACUGAAGAAGGCACGUCGCCGCGUUGAUAUUUUUUUUCUUCAGACACAGACGCGGUAUAAGAAAUUUCAAUUUGUUGAAGAAGCGACGAGGUUUCAACAUACCGGAAUUACCUGGGUUCCGUGUUGUCCUCGUGCGCUGCUGGUUCGUAGACGGUAGGUCCGUCCUCCUUUUUGCAUCUGUCUAUUCGCGUCUGCUUCGCGAAUGCUUUCCCCAGCAGCCGUGUCAAAGCUCGCGCACCAGCUGGAGCGCUGCCGCUGGCCACUUCUAUCGUUAUGAUCU